AUGCCUAUGCUCAAGGAACCAUGGAAGAAAUACAAGCCCUUCCCUCGCAUGAACCUUCCCGAUCGCCAAUGGCCCUCGAAGUCGAUUGAGAAAGCCCCUCGAUGGCUGGAGACUAGUCUCCGAGACGGAAACCAGAGCAACCCAGACCCAAUGAAUGGAGAGGAGAAAUGGAGAUUCUUCAAGAUGCUCUGCGAUAUUGGAUUCAAGGAAAUCGAGGUUUCCUUCCCUUCUGCUUCUCAAACCGACUUCGACUUCACAAGACGCCUGGUCGAGACACCUGGAGCUAUCCCCGACGAUGUUGCGAUCCAAGUGCUGUCACCAUGCCGACCCGACCUGAUCAAGCGCACAGUCGAGGCCGUCUCUGGCGCCAAGAACGCCAUUAUUCACAUCUAUCUCGCCACCAGCGAGUGCUUCCGGAGAAUCGUCUUCAACCACUCCGAGGAGGACACUCUGGAACUCGCCGUGCGUUGUGCCAAGGUUGUCAGGUCCCUGACAAAGGACGAUCCCGCUCAAUCAGGCACAAACUGGCAGUUUGAGUUCAGCCCUGAGUGCUUUUCCGAUACCUCACCUGAGUUUGCUGUCAAGGUCUGCAAUGCUGUUCGGGAGGCCUGGGGACCCACGGUCGAGACACCCAUGAUUGUCAACCUGCCGGCAACAGUCGAGAACGCGUCUUGCAAUGUUUUUGCCGAUCAAGUCGAGUUCUUCUGCAGAAAUAUCUCUGAGCGUCAGACGGUUUGCGUCAGUGUCCACAACCACAACGAUAGGGGUACCGCAGCAGCGGCAGCAGAGUUGGCCCAGAUGGCCGGAGCUGACCGUGUAGAGGGAUGCCUCUUUGGAAACGGCGAGCGUACUGGAAACGUCGACCUGGUUACGCUGGCGCUGAAUCUGUAUACCCAAGGAGUCCCCCCCAACUUGGACUUUUCCAACUUGACCCAGAUCAUCGACCUGGUUGAGGACUGUAACAAGAUCCCCGUUCACCCUCGCGCUCCCUACGCCGGCUCUCUAGUAGUUUGCGCCUUCAGUGGCUCACAUCAAGAUGCUAUCAAAAAGGCAAGCAGAAUCGACUCCUCAAUCCUCAAUCCAUUUGACCACUUACUGAUACGUUUACAGGGCAUGCAAAUCCGUUCGCGCGAAGGAAAGUCAUACGAGGACUACUGGGAAGUGCCUUAUCUACCCCUGGAUCCCGAGGACGUUGGGCGUACCUAUGAGGCCAUCAUCCGUGUCAACUCCCAGAGCGGCAAGGGCGGCGCUGCCUGGAUCAUCCUGCGGAAACUUUCCCUGGACAUCCCUCGAGGUCUGCAGGUUGCGUUUUCUAGCGUUGUCCAGAAACAUGCCGAUGGUCUUGGCCGUGAGCUUCGACCCGAGGAAAUCACAGACCUUUUCGAGACAACCUACUUCCUUAACGAGAACCCUCGAUUCAGCCUGGUCGAUUACUCGAUUACCCCUGACCGUUCACAAUCUCCCGCGCCGCCUGCGCCGGGCAAGACACAGGAAACCAAGAACCUGAACCGGGUUUUUGAGGGUGUGGUAUCAGUUGAUGGUAGGGAGAUUAAGCUCCGCGGACGCGGCAAUGGACCCAUCUCCAGCAUGGCGAAUGCUCUUAAGGACGUUGGCGUCGACUUGGAUGUCAAUGACUACAAGGAGCAUGCCAUUGGUGAGGGUCGUGGCGUCAAGGCUGCCUCUUACAUUGAGUGCAAGAUUGGAAACACCAAGCAGACAGUGUGGGGAGUUGGUAUCCACGAGGAUGUGGUUCAGAGUUCUCUGAUUGCUCUGCUGAGCGCCGCCAGCAACUUCAUCACCAGCAGACCUGGAAGCCCCGUUCUGAAGCCUAUUGCAUCUCGUCCCAAGACUCUGGACCCCAGCAGCGCCAACGGCGCGCCCACAGAGCCUGCUCAGGAGACUCCCAGUGUGAUCUCCAUCUUGGAGGAGAAGGCGAACGGCAUGUAA